UUCCUUCUCUCGUUCUUCUCCAUCCGCCGAUCUCCUCUUUGAACAGAAUCUUUGCCGUCGCCGACUGCUCUGGUUAGCACAGAAAAGCAAGUUUUUCUGUCUUGUUCCGGUCUCUUUUCUUCUUCAUUCUCACCCUAUAGUAGAUUUCCCUUUUCUCGAUCUUGCUGCUCUAUUCAAGCUCACACAUCCUCAUCCUCCUCACCCCAGAUCUAGUGGUGUAGCCUCUAAUCUUCAACGGUAAGUUCUUGAUCCAGUGGUUUAUUAUAGUUCUCUAGUGCUCUGGUGCCCACGAUUUUCAUCUCAUAUGGAUUCCCUCUUCACAAUUGAUCUGGAAACAAAAACCCUACCCGCACAAUAGAAGAGAGGAGAUUCGGAGAAGCAAAAAAAAUGGGAGUGCAAUCACACACACAAAAAAAAAAAAAAAACCAUCAUCUUCACCAAUCAUCUCUCCGAUCUCAUCAUCUUCACCAAUCACCACCAGACGGCCACAGCGACUAGGAACAAAAGGGGAACUUGCUGUUUUUUUCUACAGGACUGGCUGUUUCUGGGUUGAAAAAAAAAAAAGAAAAGGAGAGAGAUGUGCUGGGAGGUUCUUUUCAAUUUGGGAAUUUUGUUUUGCUUGGAUAACUAUUCUGGGGUUCUUCCGAUUUGGUUUGGCCAGCUCUUUGGAGAGAGCAUUUUCCAGUCGGCCCUUUUGUAGGAGGAUUUUCUGGAGAUUAGCUUGAAACGGGCGGAUCUGUUCUGCUUUAGGUAACCUUAUUAACAACUUGGAAAGAUGCUGUGAAAGAAGCCUGUGAAAGUGGGAUUGGAGUUAUCACUGAGUCAGGUGGGAGCAUUAGAGAUAAUGAUGCUAUAGACUGUUGUAACAAAUAUGGAGUCUCACUGCUUUUCACUAAUGUGAGGCGCUUCAGGCACUGAUGCUUUUAUUUCUUAUGCCAUGAAUACCUAGGAAUUUUUGAAACUCUUCUUAAAUAAGAGAGAUGAUAUUUA